UGAUAUAUUUUCAUCUUCAAAUUUUCUAUUAUUUUUGCCCUUGCUUUUUUUUUUUUUAAAAAGGAGAAAAUCAAGCUUUUUCAAAUUUGCAGCAUGAGUCACUUUCUUUAGAAAGUAGGGCUUUAUGCAUUACAAAGGCAAGCCUAACUGCUUUCCUUGCCUGUUCCCAUAGAAACUCCUCUAGCUGAUGCCCCUGUGAAGACUGCAUUCCAAGUAACACCAAGCCCUUCAGAUGCUGAGCUACUCUGCAGUAAUGAAGAAUAUUUUAAAAGUUUGUGAAACUCUUGAAAGCACAGAAAAGUACUUACACUUCCAAAACAUGAAGCCUUGCAAGACUUCCUUUUAUUCAAGGGCCAUUUGAUGUUAGUACACAGAGCUGUUAUAAGAUCAGCUGUGGUGAUCUCUCCCCACUGUGGUGGCUGUGAACAUCACUCACCUUCUUUGUAAGGGAGACAGAAUGUGAGGGUGACCUUGUGGGAUUUUUCCAGGCAGUGAUGUUGCUGUAGGAACAAUGGCAGACUAUUCUGUGCUCAACACAGAUGUCUCAGACAUCUCACAAACAGCAACAGCAGAAGAAUAGCCCGUAACAUAUUCCAGUUUUCAUUUGUUCAGGGCCAGGCUAGGGGAAACCAUCUCGGCAAGCCAGAAUAGUCUUAUGAAAGAAAAGGACACUGAGAAGCAAAAAUCCGUGUCGUGCUGAAGAAGAUAGGCAGUGAAAUGUCCUUAUUGUCACCAAUUCUUAAGCAGCUUUCCGAAACAAGUUCAAAAUUGGAGCAGUGCAGUUGUAUUUUAAAAAGGAAAAAAAAAAUCUGGUAUUUAAUUGCAGCUUUCACUGAUUUUUUUUUUUCUGAUUCGCUAUUUGUCUAUCAUCUGUUCCGCUGGUACACCUACCACUUACUCUCUGCAACACAAAGUAGAUUGGUUGUUUUCAUGUUUAGCCCAUAGCACUCUCUCCCCACAUACAGAGAGCACGUAAAAUAUAAAUAAAUCCCAACAAAGAAAUGUUAACCCUCCUCUCCUCCAGAAUUUAAUACAAUAUAAUGUUAGCUGUAUAGAUUUUGCUGAAAAGACUCAAAGCAAUCUAGAGUAGCAGCAUUGGGAAUUGUCUCAGGAUGUUCUAUUCCCCCCUGUAAGCACUAGAAGUAAGGAAGUUACUUAUACGGAAGUCCCCUGCAGACGUGUCUCUUGGCAGUUGGCUGGCAUUAGUGUCUUAAAACAGCUUGAAGUUCUAAUAAAGUUUGUCCUGCAAUUGGGACAAAUAAUCUCUCCUCGUAAAGUUUUUCUGUGUGAACUGCUUUUCUUCAGCGUGGGCAGUACGCUGUCCUCUCUUCAGGCAAGCAGCCUGCUUUCAGUGAUUUCAUUUUUGAAGAAGUUUGCUCUUGCACAUAGGAGGGAAUCACAUCUGCUUUGACAGUCCAUAGGCCAGGCAAAUUUGAGUUCACUUAUCUGUUACAUGUGUCUUCUUCCUAGCACGCUUGCUUUUUUCCACAUCCUUGAUUUCUGAAACCCCACAGAAGAAUUAUCCUCCUUUCUGCAGCAACAUAAUGCCACUGUUGCCUCAGCUCCUUGCAUUGUACCUCUAUCCAGGGAUAACCAGAAAGAACUAUAGGCGGUGGUUUCAGUCUCUUAACAACUGGAUAACGCAGUAUCGCCAAAUGCUGAUGGAAGGAAAAUACAGUGUUCAAUUUGAUCCUGAAAUCUUCUGCUUAUUGGCCCAAAAUAAGUAGGAAUAACUAUUUUUUAAUUUGGUCUCUUCUGUUAGUGGCUGGUAACUAGCACUAGCGUUCUCCACUAGGCUCGGUAACUGCGAGGAAUGGCUAUGGAAGAUCCUGACAAGAAGACUGCAGUAGUACUGCUGGCCUGUGGGUCCUUCAACCCCAUCACCAACAUGCAUCUAAGGCUGUUUGAGCUGGCUAAAGACUACCUUCACGAAACAGGAAAAUACAAAGUAAUCAAAGGAAUAAUUUCUCCAGUAGGCGAUGCCUAUAAGAAGAAAGGUCUGAUCAGUGCAAAUCACCGAGUGACUAUGGCAAAACUAGCUACAAAAAACUCGGAUUGGGUGGAAGUGGAUGAUUGGGAAAGCAGCCAGAGUGAGUGGUUGGAAACACUAAAAGUUUUAAGGUACCAUCAUCAAAAGCUUUUAUCUCCAGAUCCCACUAAUAGUCUGCAGAAUGCUAUACCUUUAACAAAGCCAGGACGGAAGAGGAAACAGGAACCAAACAGGCAUGAGCCUGUUAAAAAGAAAAAUCAGAGUCCAGAUAUAAAAAGUGUCCCACAGGUUAAACUGCUUUGUGGAAGUGACGUGCUGGAAUCUUUUGGGAUCCCCAAUCUGUGGAAGUCGGAGGACAUCACUGAAAUUGUGCAAAAUCAUGGCCUUGUAUGCAUCAGCAGGGCUGGAAACAGCGUUCAGAAAUUCAUCUAUGAAUCUGAUAUUUUGUGGAGGCAUAAGAAUAACAUUCACCUUGUGGAAGAAUGGAUCACAAAUGACAUUUCCUCCACCAAGAUUAGGAGAGCGCUGCGGAGGGGCCAGAGCAUUCGUUACCUAGUGCCUGAUGAAGUUCAAGCAUACAUAGAAAAAAAUAAUCUGUAUAGUCCAGAGAGUGAAGAUAGGAAUGCUGGGGUUGUCUUGGCUCCCUUACAGAAGCAUGCAAGUGAUUCCAAGAACUAACAGGCGCUAUACAACUAACUCACCUUCUGCUGUGAAAAAAGCUACAGUUCAGUUCAGGAAAAUGUGGGUUUGGGUUUUUUUUUUGUUUUGUUUUUUUGUUUUGUUUUUUUUUUUUAAGUAAAUAGUGGGGUGAUUCUGUGGCUUUAGUACAUAUGUAGUUGCUUUUGAGGUUUGGUGCACUCAAUAAUCGGACCUACACAAUCUUUUUUAGAUCCAACAAUAAGAUUUUCACGUUUAAUUGUUCUGUCACAAUGCAGUGAACUAAGUGUAAGAAUUCACACUUGCAUAUGAGAAUUAAAAAUUAACAAAUGAAACAAAAUGUUCUGUUUAGUUUUAACUCAGACUGCUCUGACUGCUAUUUAUAAAAUACAUACAUAUUCAUAAUAACUUACAGUGUCUUACCAGACAAAGCCUUUUCAUUUCAAAAUGGACCACUUAGUGAUAGUAAAUCUAUAUAACUUUUUUUUUUUUUUAAAUUGCCAACAUGUGGUGCAUCUCAAAGAAAUUAUUUUGCUAUAUUCUAGAAGGGAAAAAUUUACUGCUGGCUGAAGUGGUGCUACAUAUGCCCCGCUUUGAGUUGCCUGCCUUUCAAAUAUGCAGCCUGCUUGUCUGGUGUCAUGCAAUUUGCUCCCAGAAAUGCCUUGUGCUUUACUUUUCCAUUCAUGUUCCCAGAGCUGUACAUUAAGCACAGCACUGUUUCUCAUGAAAGGACAGACCUACUUCAGAAACUGGUUUAUAGCUGUUGAUUUAAUGGAAAGAAAUAAAUAAUAGUGUCAUUACACUGAUUCUCAGACAGUUGUCCCUUUAUUUCAAAUAAUAAAUAAGCUUUUACUUUUGAGCUGAAUGUAUGUAGCCAGAAUUGUUUUCUAUAACUGGAGUGGAGCAGAAAUGGUAGGAGGAUAUUAAGACUGUACAUAAGUGAAAUGUUUUUCUUUGCUAGAAAGUUGGUUUUGCAUGUAACAGUAUACUGUGUAUUAUGUGAAUAUAAACUAGACAGGCACAGCGAAUGUCAUGGUGAUAGAAUUAUACCUCCCUUUAUUUGCCGUCA